AAAAGAAAAAAAAAAAGAUGUGCAUUACACUACACAGUGGUAAGAGGCUGGUAGCCCUCAAGACUCGGUAGUGUUCUUGGGAGAGAUGGUUUCUCGUGGUCAUGGCGAGAGUCGAGACCCUGAAUCGCAGAAUGAGCACAGGAUAUCUACUUGUUGGGGAGUAAUGAAGUAAAGAAAUGCAUCUCUGUUUCACUUUCACUCACUCACUCUCUUGUUCUUCGUUCGUCACUGUGUGAACAUCUGAUCUCUAACAGUUAUCAUGAAGAGACUCUAUUUCUUAUUCUUAGCUGGUCUUCUUGUUCUUCAGAGGGAAUUAACUGAAGCUUUGUCUGAGAGACAGGAGCAGCAAGCUGACCUCCCUCCAAGAGGUUGGAAUUCAUAUGAUUCCUUUUCAUGGAUCAUCUCAGAAAAUGAGUUCCUACAUAAUGCUGAAAUCAUUUCCAAGAGGCUACUCCCUUAUGGAUAUAAGUAUGUUGUGGUUGAUUUCCUCUGGUAUAGGAGGAAGGUGAAUGGUGCUCACACCGAUUCGCUUGGAUUCGAUGUAAUAGACAAAUGGGGGAGGGUGAUCCCUGAUCCAUGGAGAUGGCCUUCGUCUAGGGGUGGUAAAGGAUUUUCUGAAGUAGCCAAGAAAGUUCAUGACAUGGGGUUAAAAUUUGGCAUUCAUGUUAUGAGGGGAAUAAGCACGCAGGCGGUCAACGCAAACUCCCUGAUCUUGGACACCAUAAAGGGUGGUGCCUAUGAGGAGUCUGGUAGACAGUGGCGGGGAAAAGAUAUAGGAUUGCCAGAGAGGGCUUGUGCUUGGAUGCCACAUGGUUUCAUGAGUGUCAAUACUAAAACAGGAGCUGGAAAAGCCUUCUUGAGGUCAUUGUAUCACCAGUACGCUGAAUGGGGUGUCGAUUUUGUGAAGCAUGACUGUGUCUUUGGUGAUGACCUGGAUGUAAAGGAGAUAAGCCAUGUGUCAGAGGUCUUGAAGGAGCUUGACCACCGCAUAUUGUAUUCCAUCUCUCCUGGAAGUAGUGUGACCCCUGCCAUGGCAAAGGAUGUAAGUAGUCUUGUGAACAUGUACAGGAUAACAGGAGAUGAUUGGGACACAUGGGGAGAUGUGGCAGCUCAUUUUAAUAAAUCAAGGGACUUCGCUGCUGCUAAAAUGAUCGGAGCUAGUGGUUUUCAGGGAAAGUCAUGGCCCGAUUUGGACAUGCUACCACUGGGAUGGCUUACUGAUCCAGGUUCAAAUCAAGGACCACACAGAAAAAGUAAACUCAGUCCUGAUGAGCAAAGAACUCAGAUGACACUAUGGUCCAUGGCCAAGUCACCUCUCAUGUUUGGAGGAGAUAUGAGGAAACUUGAUGAAAGGACAUAUGGUCUCAUCACACAUCCUGUCCUACUGGAAAUAAAUUCUUUUAGCACAAAUAACAUGGAGUUUCCUUACAUAACUGGUAGAAAAAAUCUCAAAAGUGGUAAAGGGAUUCUCAACUGGCAAUCUAGAAAUUCAAAGAACAAAAGUGCAUCGGAUAGACGUGUCUUGGCUCUCAGUAGCUGCAAGGAUCAGAAGGGAAAAGGUUGGGCUGUAGAAACUAUUGAUGAAGAUCUUAAGCGGAUCUGCUGGAAAGACGACUUUGGAAUAAAAGACGAUCCUCCAGUUUGCUUGUACAAGAAGAAACCUCAGUUGACAUCAGAUGAAGAGGCAAUCUACAUGCAGCAGUAUCAAGGAAAUUUCCAUUUGUUAACAACUGACACAAUUGAUUUUUGCUUGGAUGCUUCUCCUAACCGUAAGCUUACUUCAAAAGAAUUGAAGACCUGUUCGUUGUCCAGUUGCACAUGGAACUCAAAUCAGAUGUGGGAGCUGAACUCUAAUGGAACACUAGUGAACAGCUAUUCUGGAUUAUGUGCAGCAGUGAAGAUGGUCAAAGCUAAUUUCAUAUCUAGUGGAAUCCGCUCCUGGAUUGCAACUGGAAGACAAGGGGAGAUAUAUGUUUCCUUUUUCAAUCUAAGCCCGGACACAAUGGUAAUAUCUGCAAAUAUACUGGAUCUGGCCAGGGUGCUUCCUGGACGAGACUCAAGAAAAGCUUCAUGUAGGUAUAGUGAAGUGUUUAGCGGAAGAGAUUAUGGGGUAGCAAAACAAUCAAUAUCAAUAGAGGUUGAGAUGCAUGCUAGUGCGUUGUUCAUCUUGAGUUGUACUUUUAGUUAGGAACGAGCCUAACCUGCAUUCAAUUGUAGAUUUCCUCUCAGAUGAGGUUUUUUAUUUAACAUUUGUUCAUCCUUUUAGAAGUAGGCUUACAUUCUGAUCAUCCUGAAUUGAAUGAUGUUCAUGGAAACAUGUAGGGAAUACUUGGGGAACGUAGUGGGUGAUCUUUCUCUCUCUCUCUCUCUCUUGG